AUGGUGAAGUUUUGUGUUUUUGUUUUGUUGUGUGCUCAAGUUUUCUCAAAUCCAACCCCAAAAGUUUUCUAUGGUCAGCCAAAUAUGUUUAAUGAAAAAAUCGAAAACACCUCAGUAUUACAGGCUUUUUGUGAUGGCGGAGCAAUAGUAACUUCCAAAGAUGUCAACAAAUGUAGAGACGUUUUCCAUGAAAUCUGGAGUUGGAAUAGUAGAGUCCAAAAUUGCACGAAACUCCCUAUAGCUGGGUGUAAAUUUGAGGGAAAUGCCUUUUUGAGUUACGAGGAUUGCAAAAGAACAGCUGAACCAAUGUGCAAGGAACAAGAACUGGAGUUUUACAUUAAAAAUCUUGCUCAGUAG